AUGGAGCAACGCAUGGCGUUGCGGAAGGCGGGCCACCGACCCCCUUCAAUUUCCAUUCCUCCGAACGCGUCGAAUCCCCACACCGUUCGACCGCUCGAGAUCUCAGGUCCGGAACGUCAAGAAACAUGGCACGAGCGCCAGCUGCGAACAAACGCCUUCUACCGGGACGAAUGGCGGGCGAAAGUAGAAGCAGGGCUGAACCCGCAGCCUCCCGACCCGUCUAAGCCAUUGUUGACCGCACCCGACGAGCUGGUAAUCCUGUCAGAGGCUCAGAUACAAGCUCUGCGUCGGGAGCUUGAAUUCCCCAGCCAGCAAUUCACCUCCUACUCUACCGAGUCUGAGGGCGAAGAAGUCUCAGGUGACAGACAGAUAUCAGUCGACGAACAAGUCUUCGAUGAACAAGUCUUCGACGGGAAGAUCUCGGGCGGAAAAGAGGUCUCACACAAGCAUGGUGCCAAGCCUUCGGAGCCCGGCGAGUCUACAGAGUCGGAAGGCGAGCAACUCUCACGUGGAAGCCCAAUAUCAAGAGCAAAGCGGGUCUCCGGUGGGAAGACUUCAGGCAGAAAGCAGUCUAGGUCGAAGACUCCUAGAGCGAAGAACCCUUUCCCUAGGACAGCGGCGCCUAUGCCCAACUCGAGGACGUCUGAGCCUACGUCGACGAUGCCAAAGAGAACCCAGUCAGCAGCCCGUGUAGUGCUGAAGGAACCUGUCUUCGAGCCAACCGCUCGUGCCGCCAUCGAGGCGAAGCACGAGCCGCGUCUCAAUGCUCUAAUAAAUCGACAGCCGGACCCAGAAGAGAACAACCCAUACGCGGUCACAAUCGUUCGACAGGAUCUUCGAAAUGUUGAGCCUCACCGGAUUGCGGCGUCCGUGGACGAGACGACGGCGAAGAAGUUGUCGUUGAAGAGCCCGAGAAAGCUCAUUGGCUUCCUGACAAGUGGCUUCAGACCUGACCCAGUACCUCAAUUGCCUGCGAAUGUUCCUCCAAAAGCAUCGCGGCUGCUUGUGUCCCCUCCUAAGAAACACCGAUUCCGAUCGAAGAAGGUAGAGCGAUCAGCAACAUCGAACUCGCUCCCUAAGCCCUCAAUCAAGUCCCAGUCCGAAAAAGACAUGACGAAGGCUUCUGGAUUCGCCAGCCUUGCCUCUCGGUUUCACACGCGGAAUCCGAAACAACAGCCUCGACCACAUACCGCAAGAGGUAGAUCCGCACAUGGGCCCCGCCCUCACACCAGCCAUGUUGCUCGGACACAUUCGUCGGGUAAUAGCGUCUCCCAGAGUUCAAUCCGCCCGUCGUCUCAGAAGCAACCUGCGGGAAAGGCUCUUCGACAGGCUGUAGAGGCCGAAUUGGCGAGCAAGCCACUCCCACCGCAACCAGACUCAGAUGACAGUAGCACGGAUUACUCGGGUGUCAUUGGCAGCUAUGGGGCGCUUGAUCCCAUUCCGAAUCUUCCGCGACCCGCCACCCAGGGUAGAUCUGGAGGAUCUGACGCGACAGUCGCGGCGAAGUAUUGCCCCCCAAAGGCUGCUGAAUACCACGGUGUAAUGAAUGUUGGCAUGCGGGUUUUCUCGCAGCAUGCGAAGAUUGAAGAGGGCAGCGCCGACGCGACUCCGGGAGCCGUUCAGGACGACAACCAUGGCGACAACGGCCUGCCGGCAACAUUCUACUCGCCUUCACACUACACCGUCGAUACGAUUGAUCGGGCCUCCGGAUUCAGGCCGUCUCGCAACGUCGACCCUGCCCGCUACAUCGUUGCAUCUCCAGCCCGGCCACCACGACAGCAGAUCGCGCAGCCUCAGCCCGUGUCAACGCACUCCCGCUUGGCCAGCCAGGGAACGAUCCGCAUGAUCUUCCAGGGCGACGCCAAAGACAUCACCCCAGGCGCGACCGUCGACAACACCAAUCCGAACACCGUCACACCCCGCAACAAAGCCGCAGCGAAGCGGUCCAGCCCGCAACACCACACUCCUACUCUUCGGCAGCUUGAGGGCCCAGCACGCACCCAGUUGGUUCCCCAGCGACCACUUGCGCCUAAGCACAAGAUGAUUGCCAACCUGCAAGACGAUCAACAGGAACGCCAGGUACUUCGUCGUAGACCUGGUUCAGCUGACAUGAAAAAUCAAGCUAACCGCCCCUCCUCGAAGCACGCGCAUGCCAGCUCGUUUCACCCGCAGCACCCCAGCGCUCUGCCGAUGCCUCUGUACGCCAACGGCCGUAGCGCCAUGUACGGCAUCAUCUCAUCGGCGUCUCCCACCCACGGUGACGGCCGCCCUCCUACUCAUGCCGAGAGCGGCGCCGCUGCUCAGCAUGAUAACGAAUCCUCCACCCUCGGCCGCCAUGGAAUCCCGGCACCUGGCCACAACGUCGCAUUGAUUCAACCUUACCUGGCCCCUCCUCCGGAGCACGCAUACUUUGCCUCCCCGAUCAGCGACACAUUCUCCCCUACUGCUACGGCCCUACCGAUGCCAGCCGUGCUUCAUGACGGCAGCGAUGUUCUGACUCACUUCGGCGUGGUCAACCACCACAUGGACAUGUUGCACCAUGAGGUCAUUGGCUCCUUCGACAAUCUUCACGUCAACCUUGAUAAGAGCGGAGAUGACAGGCAGAAGGAGCUCCUCAAGGAGUUGGACGCUCGACUUCCUCCAGGCGUCGUCCUGGCUGGACUUCGUGAGGCAAACGAACCCAAGUUGGACGAGGUCAUGACUCUGUUGAAGGACAACGUCGUCGUCUCUCUAGGCAAGAUCACCGAUGAGACGACGGGCUCGAAAGACAAGACGCAGUCCAUUCAGCAGAAGUUGGACAAGCAGCAGAAGACGCUUGAAGCCAUUCUUGAUCAGCUGAAGCAGAUCACUGCGAUGCGAUCAAACAACAGCACCCAGUCUGGCCAUCACCCUCGUCGCUCCCACGACAUCCAGCGCGGAACACCCGAUCCUCAUGCUCUCCGUGUCAAUCACUUCGGUCAGGAAGGUGGCAUCGUAAGUGGUCGCCCGGGUCGCCAGUUCGCCAGCGAGGUCGGAACAGCGAGAUCUGAUUCUAACAUCAACCUUGUUCGCCAGCAUCCCGACACCGUCGAUGGGACUUACUACAACCAAUUCCCAAAUCCGGGCCAAGUCAUUGGUACAUUUGGUGGCAUUACCUACGUUCAGGGCAAUCCUCUUCCGCACAAUGGUCCUGCAAACUACGAAAACAACGGUCCUGCGAACUUUGCUUAUGGCUACGAUUCGCGUCGCUGA